GCCGGGCAGAAGAUGAGGGGGGAGCCGCGGAUUGGUUCCGGCCACCAGCUCAGCUGUGUGGCUCGCCGGGUCCGCGAGCCGGCGGCCUGAGGGAUGGACGAGACUAGCCCACUAGUGUCCCCCGAGCGGGCCCAACCCCCGGAGUACACCUUCCCGUCGGGUUCCGGCGCUCACUUCCCGCAGGUUCCGGGGGGCGCGGUCCGCGUGGCGGUGGCGGCCGGCUGCGGCCCCUCUCCGCCGGGCUCUCCAGGCCACGACCGCGAGCGGCAGCCCCUGCUGGACCGGGCCAGGGGCGCGGCGGCCCAGGGCCAGACUCACACUGUGGCGGCGCAGGCCCAAGCGCUGGCCGCCCAGGCCGCGGCAGCAGUGCACGCCGCACAGGCCUCUCGCGAGCGGAACGAGUUUCCAGAGGAUCCGGAGUUCGAGUCGAUGGUGCGGCAAGCAGAGCUGGCCAUCGAGCGCUCCAUCUUCCCGGAGCGCAUCUACCAAGGCUCCAGCGGAAGCUACUUCGUCAAGGACCCUCAGGGGAGGAUCAUUGCUGUCUUCAAACCCAAGAAUGAAGAGCCAUAUGGGCAACUUAAUCCGAAGUGGACCAAGUGGCUGCAGAAGUUGUGCUGUCCCUGCUGUUUUGGCCGUGACUGCCUUGUCCUCAACCAGGGCUAUCUCUCAGAGGCAGGAGCCAGCCUGGUGGACCAAAAACUAGAACUCAACAUUGUACCCCGUACAAAGGUAGUAUACCUGGCCAGUGAAACCUUCAAUUAUAGUGCCAUUGACCGAGUGAAGUCCAGGGGCAAGCGGCUUGCACUGGAGAAGGUGCCAAAAGUUGGGCAGCGCUUUAACCGCAUUGGACUACCUCCAAAGGUCGGUUCAUUCCAGCUCUUUGUGGAGGGCUAUAAAGAUGCAGACUAUUGGCUGCGGCGUUUUGAAGCAGAGCCUCUCCCUGAGAACACCAACAGACAGCUACUGCUGCAGUUUGAGCGAUUGGUAGUGCUGGAUUACAUUAUCCGCAACACUGAUCGAGGCAACGACAAUUGGCUGAUUAAAUAUGACUGUCCAAUGGAUAGUUCUAGCUCUCGGGAUACAGACUGGGUGGUGGUGAAGGAGCCUGUCAUCAAGGUGGCUGCCAUUGACAAUGGGCUGGCAUUCCCACUGAAGCAUCCGGACUCCUGGAGGGCUUAUCCUUUCUACUGGGCCUGGUUGCCCCAGGCCAAAGUGCCAUUCUCCCAGGAGAUCAAAGAUCUGAUUCUUCCGAAGAUAUCGGACCCUAACUUUGUGAAGGACUUGGAGGAGGACCUGUAUGAACUAUUUAAGAAAGAUCCUGGUUUUGACAGGGGCCAGUUCCAUAAGCAGAUUGCGGUCAUGCGGGGACAGAUUCUAAAUCUGACACAAGCGCUGAAAGACAACAAGAGUCCCCUGCACCUUGUCCAAAUGCCGCCUGUGAUCGUCGAGACGGCCCGUUCCCACCAGCGGGCUGCCAGCGAGUCCUACACCCAGAGCUUUCAGAGUCGGAAGCCCUUCUUUUCGUGGUGGUAGCCCUGGAGGCAGCUAAGCGAGCCUCUGUGAGGUGUGCACAGGCACCUAGGUGCGGGAAGCCAAAGGAGCUGGCGGGCAGCGCCUGUGCCAGUCCUGGAGCCCUCCCUCUCUGCUCGCCAUCUCCUUCAGGGCUUUCCCACCUACAGGGAGAAGCACAGCCAGCGGCUGGGUGAGCUCCUGAGCCCUGCCAGGUGCUGGGGAUGCAGCAGUUACAGAUAAGGAGGCUUGGUGGCUAAGGAGGAGCAACUCCCUUCUGGUACCUCUCAAUGGCAGGCUGGGAAAGUCCCUCCAUCCCUGACACCCUAUCCAUUGCAAUUCCCUGUUACGUUCUGCAUCAGGAAAAAAAAAGCCACAGAUUUAAAUGCUUGUAGCAGAAGCCAGAGCCUCUUGUAUCAGAAACCUUUAAUCCAGACCUAAAUUUUCUUAGACCACACAUUUGGGUACAGAGGAGUUGCACACUGCCAGGAACAGAUGUGUCAGAGGACUACUUGGUGGCUCACCGUGCUGGGGCAGACAGAAACCACACUUCCUUUGGGCUUUUGCCACAUCUUCCCCUACUCUUCCCAUUGGUGUGGUGGUGGGCUUCCCAAGGCAGGCAGCUUUUGCACUGCAGUCCCCAGAGCCUACAUCUGCAGGACCUCCUCGCUGUUGAAGUUUACCUGCCACUCAAGCAUAGGUGGGAGGGGCUAAUCUUACCGGUUCUGUUUUUGGUUUUUUUCCCUCUGGUACUGAGGCUCAAAACUCUCGAAACCAGGGGCACUCUACACUGAACUAUAUCCUCAGCCCUUUUUAUUUUUUAAGAUACCGUCUCGCUGAGUUGCAAGUUGAACUUGUGAUGCUCCUUCCUCAGCUUCCCUUAGUGCUAGGAUUACAGGGAUGCUCCACUGUUCUGUUUUAAUAGGUGGUCAAAAUCCAGGAUGUGAAGGAGAAUCACAUGGCCUAGUGUAUGCUGGGAGCUAUAAGUAAUCUAUAGAAGAUUUUAUCCCAGGCUUGCUUCUUGAGUCCUUAGCUAUAGUUCUCUAAUUUGUUUCUAUUCUAAGUACUUUUUCCCCAACCUUUUUUUUUUUAAGACAAGGUCUCACUAUGCAGUUCAGGCUGGCCUUGAGCUCACUUUAUAGCCCAGGCUGGUCUCGAACUUCGAGUGAUCCCCCUGCCUGAGCCUUCCAAGUGCUGGGAUUACAGGCAUGUGCCACCAUGCCUGGCUUUCCCCAGCUUUUUUUGAGUUAGGUAUGUGUGCGCUCUGGAGUAGGUCUCUAUGAGGGGCCUGGAUAUCCGACCCUUGCACUUCUUUAUGUGCUAUCACUGCUGCCUGGAAGCAACAGAACUUGUAUUCUGCCUCCUGUUCCUCUGUUCCCCGGCUUCUUGCCCAGGGCUGGUUUUUUCAUGGCUUCUUGAGAAUUUCAGGGCCCAAAGGAGAGAGGCCUUCUGUCCCAUAGUGCCUGUCCAGCUCAGUGUACAUCUUGCUUCCAUGUGUCUUUUCCCUCACCUGCCCCUCUUGCCAGGUGUUUGAGUCCUUUCGACACCAAAGCAAAGAGCGGCCUCAGGAGGGAGUGAAAGGGGUGCCCCUGUAGCUGAGGCAUUCAUAUGCUACGGACACUUGGCAUUUUUGUUACCCUGUGACUGGUCAAUCAGCCUUGAAAAGAAAGUAUUUUGAAGGUUUAAAAAACAACCAAAGAAAGGGAAUGAGGACUGUGGCUGAGUCCCCUAAUUUCCUGGCUUCCUCUAUCCAGGAGACAAGAGCAGAGACUUACAGCCUUCCCAACCCCUGGGCCAGGGCUCUUCCCAUCAUUCCAGCUACCAGGAGCUGGCUUGGCCUGGGCUUCCCCCAGCUGACAUGAAGUUCCUGAGCACUGGAUGUGUGUAGCUGUGGACAGUCACUGUUUCCCCUGUGCCCUGCCCUGACAAUCCCAUCCAGCCUCCCUAGGCUCUGGCCUGGGGCACCGUGUGUAAGGGAAUCUUGCCUUCUGAAUGCAGGAGUCAGUAGGUUGCCGGGCGUGUGUAUCUCCCUAAGACAGGCUUGUGAGACCUGUGGGCAAACCUCCCUGCCUGAAGAGACCCUUGGUGUCUCACCAGCUGUGUCUGUCCUGUCCUGCUCCAGAUCAGCUCUGUGAUCCGGAGGACAUGGGGUCCAAUGUAAGAGGGAGCCCAUCCAGAGCCUGGGGAUCCUUUCCCGGCCCGUCUCCUCUCUCCCUUGAAACCUGUACUCAGGUUGCCUUGAAUCUGGAUAUUGGAGGACCCAAGGACCCUAUGUGCCGGGACAGGCUUCUGGUAGCAUUCCCAGAACUGCCGUCAUUGUGCCAGCCAUAGGCCUGUCCCCCUCAUCAGGGAGUGGAGGCUGGGCUGAGUGCUGCUGCCCCUUAUCGUUCUUCUAAUGCACUGUAGAAACUGUAUGUAAUGUAUUUAAAUCAAUGCAAAUGUAUGAAUAAUAAAUCGAAUUCUGACA